AUGUUUAUAAAUCCUAUACUUUCAGGAUAUAAAGAGUGGAUACGUGAACAGGUCGGCGAUUCAGCAGAUCCAAGAGUGUUACUGAGACAAAUGGCUCCAGAUAUGCAGUUGACUGAUGCCAUCGAUGAUGAUGCGAUAUGGGAGCUGGUUUUCAAAUUCAUUAAUAACGAAAUACCCAGACGGCCCAAGCUGACAACCGUUAACACGCUAGACGAUGCCGUUGCUCUUAUUAAGCAAUCAAAGAAAAUUAUUGUCCUGACUGGUGCUGGAAUAUCUGUUUCGUGUGGAAUACCUGAUUUCCGUAGCAGAGGGGGCGUGUAUGCACGUCUUAGACAGAGAUUUCCGGAAUUGCCUGAUCCUCAGGCUGUGUUUGACAUCAAUUUCUUCCGCAAUAACCCAUCUCCGUUUUUUGAAUUUGCAAAGGAAAUUUAUCCCGGGCAGUUCAAACCAUCUCUCUGUCACAGGUUCAUUAAAACAUUGGAAGAUGAAAACAAACUUCUGCGAGACUAUACCCAAAAUAUCGACACUUUAGAACAAACGGCUGGAAUCAAAAAGGUCAUAUAUUGCCAUGAUAUCUUUAAUCAGGUAAUACCUGAACUCAACGUUCCAUGUUCUAUUAUGAAACCGGACAUAGUUUUUUUCGGCGAGAGCUUACCACGUGAAUUUCACGAAUGCAUUGCGCGAGACAAAGAAGCUGUCGAUCUCUUGGUCGUUAUGGGGUCUUCAAUGAAGGUUAGACCAGUGGCGUUUAUUCCAGAUUCAGUUCCGGGCCACGUUCCUCAGAUAUUCAUUAACCGUGAACCACUGGAUCACAUGAAGUUCGAUGUUGAGUUAUACGGCAAUUGCGAUGACGUGGUCAAUGAACUGUGCGCUCGACUCGGCGGAAGCUUCGCAAAGCUGUGCUUUAGACAGAAGCGUCUGACUGAAUGUCGAGAGGUACACGUCGAUUCGAACGGCAGUAAAUAUGAUGGAAUAGCGGUGGCCAAGAAGCGCAAGGUGAUGCCAGAGGUAGGAUCGGUCGACUUGGAGAACGCAGAAAAAAUCCCGCUGUUUUCCACCAUUUUCGACGAUGCCGUUUCUGAGGGCGAAAGUCCAACUUCGUCCCUUAACAGUGAUGAGGUUUCUUCCUCGUCGCAGAAUGAUGUUCGCACCAAAGAUAUAAGAAACCUUACGGCAGUUUCUGGCAGUGACUACUGCAACGGCAGCGGCAGCAGCAGUAGUGAUUCCGAAGAUAGUGACCUGACCGAUGUUGGAACUAAGUGCGAAGCUCGUUCCUUGCCAUUGGGAAAUAUUGCCAGUGCUUUGCCAGGUAAAGGAUCACGUCGUUAUCUUCCUUGA